AUGCGGGUGGCUGUGGCGGGUUGCUGCCAUGGCGAGCUAGACAAGAUCUAUGAGACGCUGGCCCUGGCGGAGCGGCGCGGCCCGGGGCCGGUGGACCUGCUGCUGUGUUGCGGCGACUUCCAGGCGGUGCGCAACGAGGCCGACUUGCGCUGCAUGGCGGUGCCGCCCAAGUAUCGCCACAUGCAGACCUUCUACAGGUAUUAUUCUGGAGAGAAAAAGGCCCCAGUUCUCACAAUCUUUAUUGGGGGAAACCAUGAAGCCUCAAAUCAUUUGCAGGAGUUACCAUAUGGCGGAUGGGUGGCACCAAACAUUUAUUAUUUAGGUUUGGCUGGUGUGGUAAAAUAUCGAGGUGUAAGAAUUGGUGGGAUCUCUGGUAUCUUUAAAUCUCAUGACUAUCGAAAAGGUCAUUUUGAGUGUCCUCCAUAUAAUUCAUCUACGGUAAGAAGUAUAUAUCAUGUAAGAAAUAUUGAAGUCUAUAAAUUAAAACAGUUGAAGCAACCUAUGGAUAUAUUCUUAUCUCAUGACUGGCCGAGAAGCAUAUAUCAUUAUGGAAACAAGAAGCAGCUUCUCAAGGCUAAGUCUUUUUUCCGACAAGAAGUAGAAAACAACACAUUAGGAAGUCCUGCAGCUUCGGAACUUUUAGAGCAUCUAAAACCUACCUACUGGUUUUCUGCACAUCUUCAUGUGAAAUUUGCAGCCUUGAUGGAGCACCAGGCUAAGGAUAAAGGACAGCCAGCCAAAGCAACCAGAUUUUUAGCCUUGGACAAAUGUUUGCCGCAUAGAGACUUUCUUCAGGUAAUAGAAAUCGAACAUGAAUCCAGUGCUCCUGAUUUCUUGGAGUAUGAUAUUGAAUGGCUCACUAUUCUGAGGGCUACUGAUGAUGUUGUUAAUGUGACUGAGCGCCUGUGGAAUAUGCCUGAAAACAAUGGUCUGCAUGCAAGGUGGGAUUAUAGUGCAACAGAAGAAGCUAUGAAAGAAGUACUGGAAAAAUUGAAUCAUGACCUCAAAGUUCCAUGUAACUUUAGUGUUACAGCUGCUUGCUAUGACCCUAGCAAGCCACAGAACCAAAUGCAGCUGGUUCAUAGGAUUAAUCCUCAGACUACUGAAUUUUGUGCUCAACUUGGCAUCACAGACAUUAAUGUCAGGCUUCAGAAGGCCAAGGAGGACCCUCGCUUGUGUGAUGAAUCUGAAGAGCAGGAUGAUGUGGAGAGCAAUGACUCAGGUGAACCUAGUGAAUAUAACACAGAUACCUCUGCCCUGUCCUCGACUAAUCCAGAUGAGAUAAUGUUAGGUGAAGAAGAAGAGGAUGAAGAUAGUAUUACAAGUGCACAGAGUGACAUGAAUACACCAUCUGUAGAACCUUCUUCUGAUCAAGCUUCUGACUUUUCUGCAAGUUUCUCUGAUGUGCGAAGCUUGCCAGGCUCCAUGAUUGUGUCUUCUGAUGAUACGUUGGGUUCUCCAAUUGCUAGAGAGGGGAAACCUGGUGAGGUUCUAGAAUUGAGUGAUGGGAAGGACUUCACAGAGGUGCCAUUGAAGAGGCUAAGUGAUGAACAUGAACCUGAACAAAGAAAGAAAAUUAAGAGGAGGAAUCAAGCCAUCUAUGCAGCAGUAGGUGAUGAUGAUGAUGCAGAAUAA